AUGCCACAGCCAUUGGAAUUCCCCGAGUCCUUCGUAAAGCCAUGGCGCGACUUGCUCCUCUCCAACCGGGACCAGCGCUCUGGAGACUCUCCCAGCUACAAUACAGCUGAAGCCAUCGACUCCCUCAUGACCACCAGCACCCCCAAGCUGCUCUACGUUGGCACCGGUCACACCAUCUUUACACGUGCAAUCUUGCCUGCCAUCGCCUCAGCCAAAUACUCGGUCCAUUUUGUGACGUGCUACUGGGCUGCCUCCCCUUCCCUCGACGGCCUCCGGCAAACGCUCGUCAAGCUGGCUGAGGCACGAUCAAGAUCAAGAGAGCCGUUGCCUACAUUGCAGAUCAGCAUCGGAUUCUCGUCUUGGGGGCUGUUCCAGAAACUGUUCCACACGGCGUCGCUCGAGGGAUACGUCUACCCGCCUUCGAAAUGGGCAAGCCUGGGUUUGCCGGAUGAGGAGACGCUGAGAAAGGGCGGCAUUGAGAUGACGGUCAAGAGCCUCUUCUUCACCCCGAUCAGUGUCAUGCAUCCGAAAUAUGUCAUUGUCGAUGAAUCCAAGGCCUGGGUGCCGAGCUGCAACGUGAGCUGGGAGAGAUGGUUCGAAGGAUGCGUGGAGCUGGAGGGCGAGGUUGUUGACAGGCUGCUGUCUUUCCACGCUCGAGUCUGGGGAGCGUCGAAGCCGAUGAGCACGGAAGAUAUAGAGCUGGCCGAAACGUCAAGCACAUCGCCGAUUAACCAGGGAGACGAUGACCGCUCAGCGACGCAAUGCAUUCGCUUCUCCGGUACUUCACCAUCUCCGACCAUCUUCCUCCCAUCGCCACAUCACCGAAACCCUCGAUUCAGUUUCUUUCCCUUCUUGUCUCAGUCCAACCCGCCCAUGACACCCCUCAACGCCGCGCUGCUUACCCUCUUUGCCAAUGCCCGCCACGAUAUCAAUAUCGUCACGCCGAACCUCACGUCCUGGCCGGUGAUGGAUGCUCUUCUGGACGCACUCUCUCGCGGAGUCAACGUGCAUGUGCGUACGGGCCGCAAUAUGAUGGUCAUUGAGCAGCUCGUUACGGCCGGAACAACGACGUCGUGGUGUAUCCGGAAAUUCGUCAAAAAGUACCAAGCGUUGUGUAAGCGAUCGCAGCGGAAUGACGUCGAAGCACAGUCCGCCACUCCGGGCCAGCUGGAGAUUCUAUACUACAAGCAGCUUGAAGCCAGAGCGAGUCGUGAGGACGAGCCCGUCUUCAGCCACUUCAAAAUGACAAUGGUGGAUGGCGAGUACUUGGUGCUGGGCUCGGGCAACAUGGACCGAGCGAGCUGGUGGACGAGUCAGGAGAUUGGGGUGCUGUUUUACAUGCCGGGCUUCACGGAGAGGCGAGUGUGGGAGAAUGUGCUCGAGAAGAGAGCCGAGGUGGUGUUUCGCAGCAAGGAGGAGGCUUGA